AUGCACGAUAUAGAAUCCGUUUCAGAAAUGUAAUGUCGUACCAGAGAAAUGCACUCAGGUUUAUACCCGUGGUUUAGAAUUGCACAAAAAUAAUGACGACAACGAUUGGUGCUAAGCUAUGACAUUGAACACACAGGACACGAAACCGACGAGGUCGUUUAAAGAUACACACACCAUUUAAUACCAAUAUCACCGCAUAUCCAGCCCGUGUAUCGCUGUCGGUGGAAUUUUCGGAUACAUUGUUUAAUUUGUCAUCGACAUUGUUGCCUAUCUGCUUCGAUUGCUCGUUAGAACGGCUACAAUGUAUCUACUGUAUUAGCUUGUCGGCUAUUACCCUAGCCGAGCGGCUUGUAUACUGGGAACUAGGCUACCCUAGAUUCAGCAUAGACAAGAAACGUCACCAGCAUUUUCUUCUUUAACUGGUCGCGACGGAGGAGGUCAUAGCAGAAAAUAAUCUAGAUAUUCGUCCGCUUCUCAUCCGUCUCCCCCUUUUUACCUCACCCACUGUUUUCCCUACAUCACCUUUCCCUUCCCCUUUCUUCUCGCGCAUGCCUUCACUCCUGUCCUCUCCCUCACCCCCUUUCUCCCUUCAAUUCCUCCCUCUCUCCCGCACUCCUCUCCUUCCCUCCCCAUGUUAUACAGUAGGAAAUAGGCCUAGAAGACAUUGAGAUAAGAAGAACAAAGUUGAGGAGGAAAUAUUGUCUUUACCCCGGGAUUCAUAAAUGGACGACUACGGCUUCGGAGUCCUGGUGAAGAAUAACGGCAGUGGCAACAAGUCUGCUUUCCCUGUGAGGAUCCCCCCUCACCUCCAACCCCAGCCCCCCCACGUCAAUCACCCUGCCAACCCCCCCAGCCCCCCUUCAUUCGUCAACAGCACCUCAGCCACCAAUGGAGGAGGUAGCGCAUGGCUGUUCCCCUCCGUAACACCCCACAGUAACAUGCAGGAUGAGAUCCUUGACUCCGACAAGUCCAAAGCCCUGGACCUCCAGGACCUGCAGGAGAAGGCCCAGCCGCAGGCCCUCUCCCCUGGGCAGCAAGAGGCCGGAGGUGGCCUAGGGGGGCUGGAUGGAAUCCUACCUGAGGACGGCUCCCUGGAGAAGGGCUCGUUGGAGAACGGUGGGAAGGAGAAGCUUAGGGGUGGGAUGGACUCUCCUCCGGUGUUGGGGGGGUUUGACUACCAGGAUAGCCUGGGGAUGGGGACAUCCGGAGCCCAGUCUACCACCACCUCCUCCUUGACCUCCUUCAACAACUGGUCCCCGACCAUAACUUCCAACCCCUCCCCCGUUAUCGGCGAGGACGUCGGGGGUGGGUUCUUUGGCCCGGCUGGUUCCAACGCUAACGGACCCCAGAUGCUGUUCCAGAACUUCUCCCACCACGCGGGGCCCGGCUUCGGAGGGGCGGGGGGCAGCUUCUCCCCCCAAAUCGGCCCUGUCUCCCAGCACCACCCUCCUCCCCACCACUACCACCCCCACAACCAGGGGGUCCCCCCUCAGCUCCGUCGCUCUCCAGCCUCCCCCCACCCUCCCCAGCCCUCCUUCCCUCCUCACCCCCACCGCUCUGGAGCUUUCACCCAGCUGCCCCACCUGGCCCCGGCCCAGUCCAAGCCCCCCUCCCCUUGGGGCAGCUACCAGAGCCCUGCCCCCCCCACUUCCACCUCCUGGAGCCCCGGGGGAGGUGGGUACGGUGGCUGGGGAGGGUCACAGGGGGUUCGUGAGUACCGCAGGGGCCUCAAUGGAGGGGUGACGGCCCUCAACUCCAUCUCACCACUUAAGAAGUCUUUCCCCAACAAUCAGGUGCCCUCUCAGAAGUAUCCUCGUAAUAACUCUGGCUUCAACCAAAAGGCCUGGAUGGAAGACAGCAUGAGUCGCACUGACAACUUCCCUUUCCAGCAGGAGAGAACCCGUUCCUUCGAUGGCUUCAGCAUGCACUCCCUGGAGAACAGUCUGAUUGAUAUUAUGAGGGCUGAACAGGAUUCAUUGAAAGGUCGCUAUGGUUUCUCUCACCAGGGCGGAGAUGGGUCUUUGCCCAUGAAUGCUAGGAGCUAUGGCAGACGACGAGGUCACUCUAACCUGUUUCCCAUGGAGGACGAGCGGUCCUUCGGAGAGGACGAGUCAGGUGACCAGGGACUUCCUGGUUUAGGAUCCGCCCACUGUUUCCCACACCUCAACGGAGAGCGAGUGGAGAGAUACUCACGCAAGGUGUUUGUGGGAGGACUGCCCCCCGAUAUAGAUGAAGAUGAGAUCACCGCCAGUUUCCGCCGGUUCGGUCACCUGUUUGUUGAUUGGCCCCACAAGGCUGAGAGCAAGUCCUAUUUCCCACCCAAAGGUUAUGCAUUCUUACUGUUCCAAGACGAGAGCUCUGUCCAGGCUCUGAUCGAUGCCUGUAUCGAGGAGGAUGGCAAGCUCUACCUCUGUGUCUCCAGCCCCACCAUCAAGGACAAGCCUGUCCAGAUCCGUCCUUGGAACCUGAACGACAGUGACUUUGUGAUGGACGGCUCUCAGCCUCUGGACCCCAGGAAGACCAUCUUCGUAGGGGGGGUGCCACGUCCUCUACGUGCAGUGGAGCUGGCCAUGAUAAUGGAUCGUCUGUAUGGAGGAGUGUGUUACGCUGGCAUCGACACAGACCCUGAGCUGAAGUACCCUAAAGGAGCGGGCCGUGUGGCUUUCUCCAAUCAGCAGAGCUACAUCGCUGCUAUCAGCGCUCGAUUCGUUCAGCUGCAGCACGGCGAGAUCGACAAACGGGUGGAAGUGAAGCCAUAUGUGCUGGAUGACCAGCUGUGUGAUGAGUGCCAGGGGACACGCUGUGGGGGGAAGUUCGCUCCCUUCUUCUGCGCUAACGUCACCUGUCUCCAGUACUACUGCGAGUACUGCUGGGCCGCCAUCCACUCCCGGGCCGGACGAGAGUUCCACAAGCCACUGGUCAAGGAGGGGGGAGACCGGCCCCGACACAUAUCCUUCAGGUGGAAUUAGGGAGGGAGGGGGAUGGGUUAUGUUGUAGAAAAUAAAUGCACUUUUCUUUUUGCUGGUUCCUAUUUAGUUUCAAAAUGAAAAAAGAAAUUUAAAAGCUUAAUUUAAUCUUCUUUUUUUUUAAUCAGACUUUCUUCUAAGACAAGUAAAUGCUAAGAAGUAAAACGAAGUGAAAGAAAUCCCGUUUUGAAUUUAAGUUAAGGUGUGCAUGAGUACUUGGAUGCAUUAUUAGAUAUGAGAAGAAAUGUUUCUUCUGACUGUACUUUCUUUUCUCAUUAGCUGGCGAAGCUGCUUACAUUUGUUGUCAAGAGUAACAUAUAUAACAUUUGAGUGAGCUAUGUGCUGCACCUCAAUCAGUAUAUUAACUAGGACAGUUGCGUUUUAAAGGGUGCACUUAUUUUGUUACUUUACGCAUGCAGGAUUAGAUUUAUAAUUGUAUUGUUAACCAAAGGUUGAGAGCAACUGGUCAGGUUAAAGUUCAAUAGUCAAAGAAAUCCACUGCAGGAGGGCAGACAGAGUGACAAUUCCCUUCAUCAUAAAUAAACUGGUCAGAGUACAAACAGGAUUAUUUAAGAAAAAUUAUCCCCUCGGUAUCGGGCCUGACAUCAGACUGGUAUGUGUUUCUAGAUCAUGGUUUAAAAUGACUCUUUGUAGCCAAAAUGGGCAAACCAAAGAUUGGCCUAAAAACAAGUGAUCAAAGCCAGUUGAUUAUCUAAGGGGUUUAAGGACUAUAAGACUCCAUUUUCAGGUUCAGGAGGUCAAUAAGGCUAGUGCCGUUUUAAGUUGUGAAAUUGAGGAGAGGGGAGAAACAGUCUUUGGAAAGACACUUUCAGCUCAUAAAGACUACAGCCCUAGCUGUCUAGGCAGGGCUCCGGUAUUGGCAGUAGUAUUAGCUCACUUUAUAUUGUCAGGGAUAUUAGCACUGGAUGCUAACAUGCUAAUGCUGUAGUACUAGUAGGAAUGCACAGUACAGUGGUAGCUAGCUACAGUGUUCCCUGAGUGACAUAGUAUGCAGCCUGGUACUAUGUGCUUUAGUGUUAACCAUCUCCUCUGGCUAUCAUUGUCCAGCCAAUUAACACAGAGAGGAGUUGGCUUAAGCACAGACAGACAGGACUACCAGGCUAGUCUCAUGGUGAUCUGGCGCACUCUCUACCAUGACUGGAGUGUAGAGGAAGUAGAUCCGAGCUGUGGCGAAUGGAUUCGCUAGUGGAUCUUAGCUGUGGAGGAUGAAUACGUUAGUAGUUGGACACUCUGAAGAACUUACUGUCACAGAGAUAAAGAUAUUAUUUUAUACAUGGCCUGCUGAUUUUUGUACAGUGUUUUCUAGCUGAUUAUUUUGUCAUGAACAUAUAUAAAUUUAUUAUGCACUACUUUUCUAAAUAUUUUUUUCAAUAGUCAUUUUAGGCACAUUUUUCACAAGAUGGGAUAACUCCUUUUGCAAUACCUCAUUUUUUUCACUUGGUGAAAAAUAAUUUUGUACCUUUGUUACUAAGAGAUCUGCAUUUAUGGUAAAACUUAAUUUAAAAAAUAAAAAAUGAAUGAUAUUAAUAUAAUUUUCAAUUUAGCUUUUUAUAUAUUUAAGUGCUGGUAAAUGUUAAAUUGUCUGGUGUGAUUGUGUAGAGAAAAGAAAAAGAGUUAGCCAAUCAUGUACAGACUUCUCUUUCAUAAUAAUAAACCAUAAGUACUGGAUCUUAAGGCAUGACAAGACCUUUCUAAACUUAUUUUGAUAGUCUUGAAACAUAUAUAUUCAGCUUGUAGUGGGUAAGGAAAAUCUUGGGGAAAUGUUUUGGCUUGGGUGGAUGAGUGAACCCUUGUUCCCUUGUAUCAUCAGUGAAUGAUGACAGGUGUUCUAAAAACUAUUUAGAUUCUCAUUCUGGAAUUACCUGAAGGUUCCAGAACGUUCCAGUUAUUCUAGGCAUGCAUGACAUAAUACAGAAUAACAUGACUAUUGACUAGUGUUAAUGCAGAAAACUAUUGUAAUGCACUAGAUCUCUCUUUUAUUUUUGUAUGAGUUAAGUUCUCUUUCAGAUCACCUAAUAUCUAUCCUCUCUUUCUCACCUAAAGUCUGCCUCCCUCACAGACAGACCUGCUGUACAUGCAGGAUACCACAUGAGUUUAGCCAUGUAGAAGACACUUGUUCCUUAAGAGACUUGAUCACUCCACCCCUGUGAUGUGGCAUGCUUUGGGACAUAGACUUGAAUGUGAUUCAUGUUGCAAGUUAACUUUGAGCCCUUAUGUGCAAUACUUCUUCUUUCGUAAAACGGUUUCCCUCUUUCUGCAAUGUAAAUCAUUUAACCCCAUAUAAACCAUGUAAACAUUCAAACAGGAUUAUUUUCUCAGUCUAUUGUUCAUGCUGGUGUCUGCAAAGUCAAACAAAACAAGAGACUUUCUACUAAUAUAUAACUGAAUUUAUUUUUAAACAUUAUUUUGUGCUUAUUCAAUUAUUUUGCUACUACCAUGCUACUGUGAUUAAGAAAACAUUGUAUAUACUAAGUUGAUAACGUAUUUAGCAUUUGUUAUAUUUUCAAUUGAAAUGUAAAAUUAUCAUUUGGAUCAGAUUUUUCUAUUUUUUGGGGUGAUGUGUUGAACUUGUUGAUGUCUAGGUUUUCUAAUUGCUGUUUGUGUACCACAUUCAGAGGAAUAAUGUCUGUUAGUAUUACUUGAUUGCGAAACAUGUCAAUAGUUUUUAAUGGUAUGUUGGGAAGGUUGUAUUUAUUGAUAUACCUUUUUUACUUGAGACAUCAUCUUGAUUUUUAUUAUGGUCAUUUCGCAUUUAUAAGUUCCAAUUUGUAUAUUUCUCCCCUCCGGUUAUGUUAUGUGGUAACAGAUGUCAGUUUUUAUAGUUGGUUUGUAGAACUGAAGUAAAAAUCAAGGUCUAAAGUCAUAUCAUCAUCUGCAGCCAACUAUUUAUAACUGUAUGCAUACAACAUUUGAAGUAUUUGUAAUGUGAGAUGUUGAAAGAAUAAAACUCAGCUGUGAGGAUAAACAGUG